AUGGGCACUGAUAUGCAGCACUGAUGGGCACUGAUAGGCGACAAUGAUGGGCACUGAUAGGCGGUACUGAUGGGCACUGCUGUGACCAGGGGCGGACUGACAACUCAUGGGGCCCCCAGGCAAUAGGGGAUCAUGGGGCCCCUGUGUCCUUGCCCAAACUCCAAAAAGCCUAUGAAAAAGGUACCAGGGGCAUCUCAAGGGGUUCCCCUACUGACCCCAGGCCCUCGGGCAGUGUCAGUGUUUCCAAAUGGUCAGUCCGCCCCUGCCUGUGACCUA